AUGAUUCCAUGCAUUAUUGAUAUGGAAACAGGUGAUCCUGAUGAUUUCUUCAAUAUGGUCUUUUUAGUGUGCCAUCCCGAGAUUGAUAUUCAAUGUAUAACAAUUGCUCCUGGUUCGAAAAGUCAAAUUGCCUUUGUAAAAUGUUUUUUAUCUGAAUUAGUAGUCGAGUGCAAGAAACAAGAGGCAGAUUUGGAAAGUGGUCUUGAUAUGAAUUCAAUUAUUGAAAGAUUGAGCAAGAUUAAAGUGGGUGCUUUUAAUCCUCAUCAUAAGAAGGAUUGUCUUUCGGGAUUUUUAGCUAAACUCUAUCCUAACUAUGUUAAAUUCAUGGAGGAGGAAGAAUCGAUUGGUGACGGUUUGGGAUAUGAUUUGAUGAGUGAAUGUUGGAGAGUGCAUGGAACUAAGUUGCUAUUCGUUACAGGAGCUCCUCUCAGUAAUCUUGGAACAUUUAUUAAGAAUAAUCAAGAUGAAUUCAAUGAGGAGGAAAAGAGGAUUGGAUUGUGUGUCAUUCAGGGGGGAUAUGCUGGUCCAAAUGUUGUACCAGAACCUUUCAGAUUGAAGAAAUUCAAGAAUGAAGAGAUGGUUUCAACAUAUAAUUUUGGAGGAAAUGUUCCAGCAGCCAAGAUGGUGCUGAAUUCGAAAUGGAUUGAUAGGAGAAUACUGGUUUCGAAGAAUGUUUGUCACGGUGUGAUAUAUGGACCAAAAAGACACACAAGUUUGGAAUCUCAAAUUGAAAAGUAUUCGAAUUUGAAAAACAAGACACCAAGUCAAGUUUUAGCUUUAAUAGGAUUGAGAAUUAUUUAUAGAGGAAUGGCCAAAUAUUUAGAAAAGAAUGCUGAAGGAAAAAAGUUCCAUGAUGUCUUGGCAGGUGCAGUAGCCAUAAAAACUUCCAUUUGUCAGUUCAAAAGAGUGGAAGUAAUUGAAAGUAAGAACAAGUGGGGUUCAAAGGAAUCACUCGAUUCGAAUACUUUUAUUUCAAUUAGUGCUAAUCAAGAUGCCUUCUUCUCACUAUUAGAAAUGCAAGAUUACUUUCAGAAUGAUGAAAAUCUUUCAGAUACUGCAAAUCUCUUGAAUGAAGAAAAAUAA